AUGAUUCUCACAUCAGGUGAUCGACGUCGGCUCUUGUUACGUGGGCUUACUCAAUCUUUGCCUGAUAUUUUUCCAUUGCUAUACACUUUAUUAGAGAGGCAUUUUGGAGCUGCAAUGAGUGAAGCAGGUAGGCAACAACUAGACAUUGCAAAACAGCAUGCAGCAACAGUUACAGCCACCCUUAAUGCGGUUAAUGCAUAUGCUGAGUGGGCACCAUUAUCUGAUCUUUCAAAAUAUGGAAUAAUCCAUGGGUAUGAUUUCCCUAGCUUUCCUAUGCGUAGGCUGGUGUAA